CCGCCCCCGCCCCUGCAAACCCGCCCAGUGCCUGGAAGACGGCAUCUGGCUGGCAGCCGCCUGUCUCUCGGCGCCUGCACAGCACCAUCUUCGUCGCUGCCCGCGCUUUGUCCCAGCACCAUUCCCUCUGACAACCGGGGCGCGCCGCCUGGCAGCCCCUGUGCCGCACUGGCGUCGUCCUCUUCUCCUUCGCCGCCCCCCGCGCGCGGUCGGGCCUUGCCCCCCAUGAUGUCUCGGCCCGAGCCGGAGAUCGAGGCCAUGGACGCGGAGCUGGUGGUCUCGCCGCCCGGCUGUACGCACCUGAGUAGCUUCAAAGUGGAUAACUGGAAGCAGAACUUGCGGGCCAUCUACCAGUGCUUCGUGUGGUGCGGCACUGCGGAGGCCCGCAAGCGCAAGGCCAAGUCGUGCAUCUGUCAUGUUUGUGGUGUCCACCUGAAGAGGCUUCACUCUUGCCUCCACUGUGUCUUCUUUGGCUGUUUCACAAAGAAACAUAUUCAUGAACAUGCCAAGUCGAAACGGCACAACCUGGCCAUAGAACUGAUGUAUGGAGGCAUCUACUGCUUUUUAUGCCAGGACUACAUCUAUGACAAAGACAUGGAAAUCAUUGCCAAAGAGGAACGACAGAGAGCUGGGAAAAUGCAAGGUGUUGGAGAGAAGUUUUCAACGUGGGAACCAAGCAAACGGGAGCUUGAACUGCUAAAGCAUAACCCGAAAAGGCGAAAGAUCACUUCCAACUGCACCAUAGGUCUGCGAGGGCUCAUCAACCUGGGGAACACAUGCUUCAUGAACUGUAUAGUCCAGGCCCUCACACACACCCCGCUGUUGCGAGACUUCUUCCUCUCUGACCGGCACCGCUGUGAGAUGCAGAGCCCCAGCUCCUGCCUGGUCUGUGAGAUGUCAUCCCUUUUCCAAGAGUUUUACUCUGGGCACCGGUCACCCCACAUCCCAUACAAGUUGCUGCACCUGGUGUGGACUCACGCCCGGCACCUGGCAGGGUAUGAGCAGCAGGAUGCCCAUGAGUUCCUCAUCGCAGCUCUGGACGUCCUGCAUCGGCACUGCAAAGGUGAUGAUAAUGGGAAGAAGGCGAACAACCCCAACCACUGCAACUGCAUCAUAGACCAGAUCUUCACAGGGGGACUGCAGUCGGACGUCACCUGCCAAGUCUGCCAUGGGGUCUCUACCACAAUAGACCCCUUCUGGGACAUCAGUUUAGAUCUGCCCGGCUCUUCCACUCCAUUCUGGCCCCUGAGCCCAGGGAGUGAGGGCAGUGUGGUGAACGGAGACAACCAUGUGUCAGGGACCACGACGCUGACAGACUGCUUGAGAAGAUUCACUAGACCAGAGCACUUGGGAAGCAGUGCCAAGAUCAAAUGCAGUGGCUGUCACAGCUACCAGGAGUCCACCAAGCAGCUCACCAUGAAGAAACUGCCCAUUGUCGCCUGCUUCCAUCUCAAACGAUUUGAACACUCGGCCAAACUGCGGCGGAAGAUUACCACAUAUGUGUCCUUUCCCCUGGUACUGGACAUGACCCCUUUCAUGGCAUCCAGCAAAGAGAGCAGGAUGAACGGGCAGUAUCAGCAGCCAGCAGAUAGCCUCAGUAAUGACAACAAAUACUCCUUGUUUGCAGUCGUUAACCACCAAGGGACCCUAGAGAGUGGCCACUACACGAGCUUCAUCCGGCAGCACAAGGACCAGUGGUUCAAGUGUGAUGAUGCCAUCAUCACCAAGGCCAGCAUUGAAGAUGUGCUGGACAGUGAGGGAUACCUGCUCUUCUACCACAAACAGGUCCUGGAGUAUGAGUAGCCUUUUCCUCAGCUGGUCAGAAAAAUGAAGGCCUCACAAAAUGACUCCCAAUCACCCAACUUCAUGCUACCACCGCCCACAUGGAAGUACUCCAGGAACAUAAGAGCCCUCUGCCACCAGCCUGGGCCUGGGGUGGAGUGGACACGCACCAUGGUGGGAGGGCUCUCUGGAUUGCUCAGCAGAGAUGCAAAACAGCAGGUGUGUUCUGCAUGGGAAGGGGCAGAGUAGAUACAUUACAAGGGUAUCUCCUUUGCUCCUCAGACGGCGUGUAGAUGUGUGGGGUGGGUGCCCCAUGGUGUGGAGCAUCCUCACCCUGGUGCUUCAGUUCUGCCAUGUGAUGGUACAGUUUCAAAAGGCGCUGGUCCAUUUUUUAAUUAUGAGUUUAUUAAAGCAGUGGAGAAGACAAUAACUGUGCAAGGACAGAGGACUUUUCAAGUAUCUUUGUGAGUCUUCGUAUUAAAUAUGUAUAGUAUGGAAUUCUUAGCCUUUGUUUUGUGAGUAGAGCCUGUGUAAUUGAAGACACUGGGAUUUUUGAGCAUGUGUGUUCCGCAGAUAACACAGUGUCCAGCUGCAUGUGGCCUGUCAGCCUGGGUGUUCCUCACUUUUCUACAAGUAAGCAUUUUCUCAUUCCCCUCAUUUUUCUUCUUUUCCACAGUGGUGAAUUUGAUAAAUGUACUGUUAGUAACGUGGAUGAAUAGAGUUAAUAAUGAAAUUUAGAUAGCUUUUUCAUUCUUGGGUGAAUCUUGCUUUUGGUGCUGUUUUGUUGUCCCCACUCUGACCCCGCCCCUGCCUUUGGAAGCACCACGCCCUGGUUAAAGCUGGCAGGUGUGAGUUGGGUGUCACUGGUUCAGUUGUGUUACUCUCUUGAGCAAAUGAAGCAUUUUUUGAUGGUUUUACUGUUUCCCUCCCUCAUGUUUUCUUCUUGGCUGCCUUUCCCACUAGCUGUCCUGUCACUGCUUGCUGGCCAGAGUGGCUGAGUGCCUCUGCAUUUCAUUCAGUGUAGUUUAAAUUGUAGCAGGAAAAGGGAGUCUGUGAUCAGGCUUGUGGAGAGAGCUGGCUGAGGAACCGCCUUGAUCCCUGUGAGGUGUGCAUCUAUGUAUCCAACACUCCAAGCCAGGUUUUUGUUCAUAUCUGAGACAUUUUAACCCAGAGAUGUAGGGGAGGAAAAGUUGCUUCAGUAGAGUUUGUGAAACACCCUGUGCUUGUCCUGAGAGCCCAGUCUGUGUCUGAGCUGUGGCAUAUGCAUUCCUAGGGGACAGCAUCAUUAUUUAAGGGUCAGCUAACUUUUUUCUUGAAGAGCCCAAAUGGUAGCUAUUAGACUUUCUGGGUCUCUUGCCAUAGAUAAUACAUAAACAAAUGAGCCCAGCUAUAUUCCAAUAAGACUUUAUUUUAUGGACAUUGAAAUUUGAAUUUCGUAUCAUUUUCUCACAUCGUCAAUUUUUUUUUCACUGUUUAAAAAGGUGUUAACUAUUCUUAGGUAACAGGCUAAGUGGGCUGGAAGCAGGCAUUGGGCUGGAUCGAGCUGUUAGCUAGUUAGAUAAGAGGAAGCUGGUCCCAGCAGAGUCAAGUAGUUACUCCCAAUGGAAAAUGCUAGGAAAUGCAAAGCAGCAGUUCUACUGCAGAAUCAUCAUUAUGGCAAAAUUCCUAGUGAUAAGUUUUUGAAUGCUCACUCCAUUUGUUCCAUUAUAUUUCCGCAUUUGUGGGACACAGGUUAAGGCAUGUUUUUAAAUAGCAAGUGUUUUCAGAGAAGUUUGGAGGGUGCAGACUUUUAGAAAUGUCCACAUGUGUUUGAGUGUGUGAGGGGGGCCUGCUAUGAAGACUUCUUUGGGGUAGAGGUGUUGUCUUCUAAUAAUAAACAAAUUUGAUGGAAAGGAGAACUGACUGAAGUUAGCCUGUAGAGUUGUGCGCCGUAGUUUCUCCCUGCAGUUGGCUGCCUUGUAUCCUCCUACUUGACUGGAGUGUUCUAAGUGCAAAGUGGGAACAAAGCAGAUGUAUUGGCCGUGGAGUUUCUGGAAGAUUACCUGGGGUCUGGCCAACCUGCUACCCAGAUUGGUCGCUCCCCUGGACUUCUUCCUGUCUUCAUUAAUGUUCAGAGGCUUAGCUGAGAACACAAGGACUAGAGAGCAACAGGAGGGCCAUGUUUGUCUUUUGUGGAGACUGUUUUAAACUUUCAUAUCCAGAUCAGUCGUCUUUAUUCCCUCCGGCAUUGGUGUUCCAAGCACUUACCUCUGUGUCUGCCAGUCUGGCUGCACCUGCCCACCCUUGCGCUCCCAGCAGGAGGUGCUGUGCGAGAUGUGUGCGUUUGAAUUUAUCUUGUUAGGAACAAAAUAUUACAUGAUGACUUUGGGAAUUUACCCCUUUUUAAAAAAAUUUUAAGCCCUCAAUCCAGCUCUUAAAUUCAGGAAGGUGGUGUUUUUGUUUCCUAACAACCACCCCAAGAUAGGUGCUCCUAUCGGGACCAAAUGCAACUGUCCACUAAGGAAUCAUGAGGUACCCUCCACUCCCACCAGCGUGUGUACAGUGACCUGUGUUUCUGAACUAUAGGCUAUCACUUCAGCACUUCCCAGUGAAUAGGUGGACUUUUCCUCUUCAGAUAUUUGCAGUAUGGAGUGCUGGGCCGGUGCCACCUGUGGGUGAGGUGGCCAGAUCUCCUCUGGCAGCACAGCCUCUCACCUGUCAGGUGCUAGAAUGUCCCCGGAUCUUCUGUCCUGUACCACAUAGACCCAAGCAUUUGUGGUUGGCUUUCAUUGUGUCCAGUUGCCAGAUUUUUGUGUUUGUGCUUUUGUUUUUGACAACUGAAGUGUGAUUGUUAUAACUAAAAACAGAAAUUGUAAGGAAAAAAUUCCAGUGAUUGUGCUGUGGAUUUAAUUACCAAGAUGUUUACACCUCUCUUUUACCUGUUUGAAAAACUGUUUGACUCUUCCCCCUCUCUUAAUGGCUUGUAGUCUUUCCUAUGUCAUAAUAAACUACAUUUUCUUCUGAGAA